GCAGGUUGCCCCGUUGUUCGCAAUUUCCUCAAGGAGCCGGGAAAGGAUGCGCGUUGUUGGUUCGUUUUUUGGCAUUUUUCUCUUUUGGAAUUAGAAGACGAUGCCCUGGAACAAUAAUGGAGUAACAAGGAGCACCGAGAAUCCUGCAUUCAAUUGCAAACAAUGGAUACAUGUCCGAUUAUCAAGGUAAAAUGGUGACCCAAUGAGGUGGAAUACUUCCAGAUCGCCGGACAGGAACAGAAGUGACCUUGCAGGUCCAUCAGCAGGAGGAGAGCGAGAGAAACGUCUGAUUGCGUCCCGCCAGUGAGGGAGAGGGAGAGGUUCUGCGAGGUCACGGCUGGAGACACUAUGCCCCCGUACUGCUGCCUGUAGAAGACUAGGAGGAUGGCAAGCUGACCUGAACCGGCCCACCACCAUACUGUUACACUCCGGCUCUAUUGGUUGCGUGACCCAGUCCGGAGGUGUCAACUCGCUGACGGUGAGAAAUCGGCCUCUGUGUGUGAGGGGACUUAUGGCAGAAAACCGCUCUAUAUAGGUUCCUGUGCCUGAGCUACAAUGGACAAAGUGCUCUACAGCCUCCUGCUCUUGGUAACCACGGUGACGAUGGCCAACGCUUGCCCCAAGUACUGCGUCUGCCAGAACCUGUCCGAGUCCCUCGGCACCCUCUGCCCCUCGAAAGGCCUGCUGUUCGUGCCCUCGGACAUCGACCGACGGACGGUGGAGGUGCGUCUGGGGGGGAACUACAUCAUCAAGAUCACGCAGCAGGACUUCGCCAACAUGACAGGCCUGGUGGACCUGACGCUUUCCCGCAACACCAUCGGCUCCAUCCAGCCCUUCUCCUUCAUCGACCUGGAGACCCUCCGCUCGCUCCACCUGGACAGCAACCGGCUGACGGAGAUCGGUCCCGACGACCUCCGGGGCCUGGUCAACCUGCAGCACCUCAUCCUCAACAACAACCAGCUGAGCCACAUCUCCAAGGAGGCGCUGGACGACCUGACGCCCACGCUGGAGGACCUGGACCUGUCCUACAACAACCUGCGCAGCGUUCCCUGGGACUCCGUGCGCAAGAUGGUGAACCUCCACCAGCUCAGCCUGGACCACAACCUCAUAGACCACAUCUCCGAGGGCACCUUCACGGACCUGGACAAGCUGGCGCGCUUGGACCUCACCUCCAACCGGCUGCAGAAGCUGCCGCCGGACCCCAUCUUCGGCCGGUCCCAGAACAACGUGGUGCAGUCGACGCCGUUCGGGCCGCAGCUGUCGCUCAGUUUCGGCGGGAACCCGCUGCACUGCAACUGCGAGGUGCUCUGGCUGCGUCGGCUGGACCGCGAGGACGACAUGGAGACCUGCGCCUCCCCUCCCGGCCUGAAGGGGCGCUACUUCUGGCACGUGCGGGAGGACGAGUUCGUGUGCGAGCCGCCCCUCAUCACGCAGCACACGCACAAGCAGCUGGUGCUGGAGGGCCAGACCGCCAGCCUCCGCUGCAAGGCCGUGGGCGACCCCGUGCCGGUCAUCCACUGGGUCACGCCGGACGACCGGCUGAUCGGCAACUCGUCCCGCGCCACGGUCUACGAGAACGGCACGCUGGACAUCCUCAUCACCACGUCCAAGGACUACGGCGUCUUCACCUGCAUCGCCGCCAACGCGGCCGGGGAGUCCACGGCCUCCAUCGAGCUGUCCAUCAUACAGCUGCCGCACCUCAGCAACGGCACCGGGCACACCUCCCAGCCCAAGUCCCGCCUCUCCGACAUCACCAGCUCCACCAAGACCAACAAGGUGGAGCCCAAGGCCCCGCCCGAGAGGGUGGUGUCGGUGUCGGAGGUGACCACCGCCUCGGCGCUGGUCAAGUGGUCGGUCAGCAAGGCGACGCCCAAGGUCAAAAUGUACCAGCUCCAGUACAACUGCUCGGACGACGAAGUGCUGAUAUACAGGAUGAUCCCGGCCUCCAGCAGGGCCUUCCUGGUGACGAACCUGGUGUCGGGGAUCCAGUACGACCUGUGCGUCCUGGCCAUCUGGGACGACACGGCCACCACGCUGACGGCCACCAACGUGGUGGGCUGCGCCCAGUUCGUCACGCGCGACGACUACCCGCAAUGCCAGUCCCUGCACAGCCACUUCCUGGGCGGCACCAUGAUCCUGGUCAUCGGCGGGGUGAUCGUGGCGACGCUCCUGGUGUUCAUCGUCAUCCUGAUGGUGCGCUACAAGGUGUGCAGCAGCCCGCAGUCCGGCAAGCUGCCGGCCGUCAGCAACACGUACUCGCAGACCAACGGCGGGCAGGCGGCGCGCAACGGGCUGGCGCAGGCCGCUAAACCCGCCGCCGCCGCCGCCGCGGCCACCGCCAAGGUGGUGGUGCGCGACGAGCUGAUGGAGUUCAAGUGCGGCUCCCUGCAGAGCAGCCUGUCGUCCUCGUCCAGCUCGCUGGGCGCACGCGACGCCGGCCGCUACAGCCCGCGGGGCGACAGCAAGUGGAGGCCGGCUCCGUCCCGCGCCCGGCCCAACCUCAACCACCUGCUGGGGGCCUUCGCCUCGCUGGAGCUGCGGGGGGGCCAGGGCAGGGAGCCGGGGCCUUCGGGGGCGUCCGGGGGGCUGUCGGCCGCGGCCAAGCCCUCGGAUAAGGAGCCCCUGCUGGGCCGAACGGACUCGCGGCUCAGCCGGCUCCUGGCGCUGCCGCUGGAGCCCCGGCCCAAGAGGAGCCAGUCCUUCGACAUGGGCGACUUCGCGGGGGCGCAGUGCUGCACCUACCCGCCGCGCAUCAGCAGCAUCUGGACUAAGAGGAGCCUGUCGGUCAACGGGAUGCUGCUGCAGUGCGAGGAGGCCGAGCUGGAGGGCAGCAAGGCCGCCUUCGACAGCUCCGAGUGGGUGAUGGAGAGCACCGUCUGAGGGGCGGAGCGGAGGGGGGCCGGAGGGACGGCAGAGAUUCAGCGAAAAUGUAAAAUUUAAAAAAAAUUCUAAAAGGAAAAAAAUAAAUAAACAAGUAAAAAACAAAAACGGAAUACCUUUUCUGUGAGGGGGACGCCUACGUUGGGGUCCUCACUCCCGUGAUGCAUGAAGUUCAUCCAUGUGAAUA